CCCACCGACACUUUUUUUCCCUCCCAGUCUCAACCAACCCUAGCCAUGGCAGCUCUUCAGUAGUCAAUCUCCUCGUCGCCUGAUCUGUUGAGUUCGCUUGCCCACGCCGACGGUUAGGGUUUCCGACAGCGCAUGGGAUGGACGUCAUAAACGGCAGUUUUAAGGGCGUAGUUAAGAGCCUCGGUCGCAUUGGCAAGCAGAGAGAUCGUGACGAUGACGACGACGCGCAUCCACUGGAGAUCGGCGAGCCAACCGAUGUGAAGCACGUGGCGCACGUCACGUUCGACCGCUUCAAGGGCUUCCUGGGCCUCCCCGAAGACAUCGAGGGCGAGCUGCCGUGCCGCGCGCCCAGCGCCGGGCGGUCCGUGUUCGGCGUGCAGCCAGAGCUGCUGCAGUGCUCGCAGGACGAGUUCGGCAACAGCGUGCCCAACAUUCUGCUGCAGCUGCAGGCGCUGCUAUACGUCAAAAAGGGCCUCCAGACGGAGGGCAUAUUCCGCGUGGCGGCGGAGAACGACCACGAGGACGAGAUCCGCGAUCAGGUCAACAUGGGGCUCGUGCCGCAGAGCAUCAACGUGCACGCGCUGGCAGGGCUCAUCAAAGCGUGGUUCCGCGAGCUACCCCAAGGCCUGUUAGACAGCCUGCCAGUGGAGGUGGUGGCGGCGUGUGAGACGGAGGAGCAGAUGGUGGCGCUGGUGGAGGGGCUGCCGGAGACGCAGAGCAUGCUGCUGGACUGGGUGGUGGGGCUCAUGGCGGACGUGGUGCAGUUCGAGGAGCGCAACAAGAUGAACGCGCGGAACAUCGCCAUGGUGUUCGCACCCAACAUGACGCAGGUACUAGACCCCAUAAUGGGGCUAAGGCACGCCGUGAAGGUGAUGGACCUGCUGCGGGUGCUGAUCGAGCGCAAGCAGCAGGAUCCCCUGAGGGAAGGCGGCAGUGCGGCGCUUAAAGCCUUUGUGUACUGCACGCAGCCGCCCACCAUCGAGAUCUUUGAGGAGCCACGUCAGCGCAGUACAGGGCGAGGGGCGGGCGGGGAGGUGGCGCAGUUGGAUACGAGGGGAGGGGAGGGUGACGAGGUGGUUAUGGAUGACGGGGAGGAGGCUGGGGCACAGGGAGAGGAAGCGCGAGGGCACACGGCAGGCCAGGUGAAUGGGGGCGAAGAGAGACGGGAAGGAGAAGGGGCAGGCGAGGCAAGGGACAUGGCCACAGUAGCAGUCGAGGCAGGGGACACUGCUCUAAUCCCAGGCAGGACCAGCAGUGGCAGCCGCUUUGACGCCUCCAGUAGCUCCCAGCCAGGCUGGUCGCCCCUGGGCAGUCAAUUCAGUCAAGCAAGUCAAGCGAGUCCAGCCUCACAGGACGAGAGCCCCUCAGCCCGGCAGGCUCCGCUCUCACAGGGCGACAGUCUGAGCCUCUCCCACCUCCCCAGGAUCGCCAGUGACAGCCCCGUGCACCCCAGCAGCGGGAUCCCCGGCACAGUAGACGCCAAGGAGCUCAGCCGCAGGGUGGCCAGCGGCCCUCUGCAGGUGUCAGCAGCAGCGGCGGAGCGGUGGAGGCGGAGGAGAGACCCCAAGCCCACAGCGCACCAUGCGAGAAUGGCGUCUCAAGAUGGCCCUUCCGUGAGGGACGGCCUGCCGUCCCCGGGGUUCUUUCGCAGCAGCGGCAAGAACGCGCCGCAGUCGGAUCCCACUGCCAAGGAGCGCCGCGCGUCCCGCAUUGGUGUGCCCUCCAAGAUGUUCUUCCGCCGGAAUUUGUCCGAGGGAGGUGCGGCGUUUGGCCGCGACUGGGAGGCGGAGCGGCAGAAAAUCGCGGCAGAGGAAGCGGGAGCAGGGGGGGGGGUUGCUGGUGGUGGGAGGGGGGGGUUGGAUGGGAGGGAUGUGGCGGAAGGGAGGGAGGCAGAGGGGGAGGGGGAGGUUGGGGAGAUGGAGUUGAGAGGCGGGGAGGAGGGUGUAGGGUCGGGUGUGGAAGGCCAAGGGAGGCCUGGGCUGUCGAAUGCGAGGGGUGCAAAGAAGCUACUGCAGAAGUUUGGGACGGGGCUGAAGGUUGUAACAGGUAGCGGGGGACCUUCUAGUGGGGAUGCUCCGUCUCCCCGGGGGCAGAUGCGGAGGUCUCUAAGCUCCAAGGGGUCGGGGUUAGGCCCAGCUGCCGAUAAGCUAUCAGCAGCGGCUGCUGCUGUGUCAACAGGAGGGGUUCCGCCCGUCCCAGAUCGGCCUUCCCGGGUUCUACCUCCCACGCCCCGCCUGCCAAACAUGCUUGAGAAGCCGGCAAGGAAUGUGGAAAGGGCCACGAGGGGGGUGGGGAAGCUCGCAAGAAGCUUCUCGGGGAAUAUUGACGGGCACUGGGGUACUAUCAAACGGGAGGUGGGGGCGGCGGUGCGCAGUGGGAUGAAGGGGCGGAGUAGUUUGUCUGUUAAUGUGGUGAGCCCGGUUGCGUCUGCACCGAUUGCAACUGGUUUGGCAGGGGUGGGAGGGCCAGUGGCGAAGAGAAGUGAUGGGGAGGGGGCAGAAAGACCAUGGGAGGACAGAGGGCAGGCUGGGGAGGGGCGGGCGAGCCUAGAUGGGUUUAUGGAGCAUGGGGCUGAGGCUAUGGUAGGUUCGGUAGAUACCGUAAUGGAUGUCGGGUUUAAGGAGAUGGAUGGGGGACAGUGGGGAGGGGGUACGGCGACUAAUACGGGAGGAGAGGUGGCAGUUGAUAUGGGUGGAGGAGAGAUGGCAGUUGAUAUGGGUGGAGGAGAGAUGGCAGCUGAUAUGGGCGGAGGACAUACUAUGGCGGUUGAUUUUGUCAUCUGCACAACCCCUGGAGGGAGGGAGGAGCGAGGGCGGGGUGAGGAUGUGAUGAUGGAGGGAGCUGAAGAGGGCAGCAUGAAGCAGGGGGGCGAUGAUGGCAGUGGGGAUGGCAGGAUAGGGUGUUGGGAAGGAGAGAGUGGUGAGUCUGAUUUGAGCUUUGGCGAUGUAGGAACAUGGUGAGGAAUCGUGCAGGGUACCUCUACCUGCAACGUGGAGCAUGCGUUGGAUUCAUGCUCUUGCUAGUAGGGUAGUACAUGGAGAAUAGGAGUGUAGGCGGCAAACCUGCUCUGUGGUGACAAGGAUAGGUCCAUGUUCGGUGGGUCAUAGGCGAAAAUUUGCUAAGUGAAGCAGCCGGAAAGUGGUAUCAAGAGCACAGCGGAAUGGUUGAGAUCAUCGUCUGUGCUACACCUGUGGAAAUCUUGAGGUUGGUUGUCAAUACUUGAAUACCAUUUCCAUAUCAAUAGUUAUGAGAUCAAGUAU